GAGGCCGCAGGGGCCUCCGUAAUUUGUGGUGACACAGGCGCCAUGAUGGUCUUUCAACACGUGGCGCGCAAGAAGACCAAACUGCCAGUGAUCCUGAGCGCCUUGCAUCUCCUACCCACUGUGACGGGCUCCCACAGCCAUGAUGCGCAGGUCGCGGUCUUCACCGAACAUCGGGGUGCGUUGGAGGUGAUGAAGAAGCUCGUUCAUGAGGAGUAUGGCAUCGAUCUGGAGGAUAGUCGCUAUAUCAUCGUGGACUGCACGGAGAUUCCGGGCUUUGCGACACACGACGAUGCUGAGAUGGAAGCUGGCCUGGUGGCAAGGGCGCAAAGGGUCCUGCAAGAGCACCCUGAGGUCCGCGCCUUUCUGCUGGAAAGCACUCGACUGCCGCGACACCUGGCGCACGCCGUGAGGAAAGCCACUGCCAGGCCAGUCUUCGAUGCUCAUCUUUUGUGUGACUUUUACAUCGAUAGCCAUAUGGACAAUCCGCGCUUUGGGAAGAAAUCGCAUGAGCCGAAGGCGAAGCCUUGGGUGUCGCGCCUCGCCAGCUGGGCCAAGAAGGUUGGCAUGAAGGCCUACACGAGCUGGGAGCAUGCGAUCAAGCCGCCGAAGGCCGUGGCGGCUGUGGGGGUGAAGUUGGGUGUGAUCCGCUUGGACUACCACUACCCACCGGCCCGUGGGGAUGUGGAUCAUCCAGGCAGCUACGGCUAUGAGGUGCACUACCACAUGGUGGAGGGCCUGACCUUUGAGAUGUGCCAAUCGGGGAAGCUCACGCCGGAAGUGGAGGCCGCCUUCUUGCACGGCUUGCGCACCUUGGAGUCGAAAGGUGUCUCCGUCAUCACCGGGGAUUGUGGCUUCAUGAUGUGGCUCCAAGAGUUGGCCCGGAAGAACACCAAGCUCCCAGUCAUCAUGAGCUCGCUGGUGACUUUACCUGUUCUCACCAGCUCCUAUCACCACGGAGAGAAGAUCGCCAUCUUCACCGCGAAUGGGCAAUCACUCCUCACUAUGGAAGAGCUCAUCAAGAAGGAAUGUCGCAAAGAGGAGCAGCCCUUUAUCUUCGUCGGCUGUGAGGAGGUGCCAGGCUUCGAGGCCGUGGCCUUGGGGCAGAAAGUGGACGUGAAGAAGGUCACUCCGGGGAUCGUGGAGAAGGCGAAGCAGGUCUUGCGGGCACACCCGCAGGUGCGCGCGAUCUUGAUGGAGUGCACGGAGCUGCCACCCUACAGUGAUGCCGUGCGCUACUUCUGCGGCGUCCCGGUCUUCGACGCCAUCACGGCCUGUGACUUUUACAUCGCCUGCCCACUGUCUAUGCACUGAGUAGCUAGCGCAUCGCUACCUACUAGCAAGGGCAUUACUAGUAGUAGCUUCUCUAGCAAAAAGACGAAACAUUGUUGUGCUCAUGUUUGUUCGUCUAGGUUGGAGGCCUCCGCUUCUAGGUUGGAGGCCAUCGCUAUUAGGUUGGAGGCCAUUGCUAUUAGGUUCGAGGCCUGUGUGCUCUAUAUUUCUUCGUCAACCAACCCAGGGCAGGGAAUCUCGAGCAGUCUAGAAAGACACGUUCUUGAGAAAGAACAAAUAGUAUGGCCAGGAGCCCCUAGUAGCGUCCUUGCUCCUAGUAGCGAUGCC